AUGGAAGAAGAAAUAACAUUACUUGACGAUUAUACUUAUUUACCAUCAUGUGCAGUUAUUGAAGUCUUUUCAGGUGAUGUUAUGUCGAUAUUUACAAAGGUGUUAUUUUCGGCUUAUAAAUUAUCAAAAGUGAACGUUUCUGUGGGUGUUAAUUCUUUAAAUAUCAAAAAUCCUUUAAUAGGCUAUAUAGAAACUGUAUUACAAAGAAAAUUAAUUUUUAUUAAAUCUCAAAUUCCUCCAAAAUACUGUUGGAACAAUACCAUACGAUAUAGUUCAGAAGUAACACCCGAAGAAGUUGAUAAAUCAUAUUUCGAUGAAAUAAGAAAAAGAUUUGUUUCAUUUAGUCUUCCACUAAAAGAAAAGAUUGUUACAAAUGUUCCAAAGUCAAGAUUCUCUGAUUUUGAUAUAGGUUUAGAAAUAGUUUCAAUAGAUGGAAUGAAUUUCUUAGAUAAAAUCAUCCCAAUGAUUGAUGCAAAAUAUUUUGUUUAUUUCGAAAAUGAUCAAGAUGGUUUUAUGAUGACUUACUUACCUGAUGACUCUAUAACUUAUGUUAUACAUACUUAUCAUUCGGAUUCUGACUCAAAAACUAUUUCAUUCAUGAAAAAAUCAGGUCGAAAAAUCAAAUUUGUUGAACAAAAUCAACUAAAAGAAACUUUAGAAAAUGAUUUCAGAAAUUCAAGCCAAUAA